AUUUUUGGAACCGUGUGGGGAUCUGAUAGCCUUGUUGGGUCCGUUAUAACAUUUCCAACGUUCCUUUAGCUCAGCAAGGGGAAAGCGGCAGUAAGGGGAGGCAGGGAGUGGGGACAGGGGCUUUCCGUAGCCUCCUCUUUAACCAUGAAAAAAACCCGGGCAGGUCGAUUGACAUUUUAGAGAGAUGUUUGGAAAACCAUGCAACCAAAUAAGAAAAAAAAUUGUUACCGAAACAAGAAGAGCGACCCAUUUCUGCACGAUUUAAAGAGGCACGGCAUCGUCAACCCGAAUUAGCAAAAUACAUGCGAAGAAGUUGAUGAUAACUUUGAAACUACAAGGAAACACAGAUUAAAUGAUCCUACAGAACUAAGAAUAAACGAAGAAACGAGCCAUUCUGACGUGUGAAGAUAGUUGUGAGAAUAUAUCCGAAUACAAUACGGCCAUAUGAAUAUUAUAUAGCCCAUAUAUUUGAAAGGAUAUUAGAAGACAUAACAAUUAAUAAAGCAUUUGCGAAUGACAGGUACGGGGGAAGAUCAAUUUGACAAGAUCUUUUUACAGAUUAAAACUAGCAUUUCGAUUUGAAUCGCUUAAUUACAAUUUUAAAGCGUAUUGACGGUAUAUUAUGAAAGAAAUAUGAGCGGGGGUCGCUUUGAGUUUGAUGACGGCGGAGCUUAUUGUGGUGGCUGGGAAGGUGGUAAAGCACACGGGCACGGAAUCUGCACAGGACCCAAAGGACAAGGAGAGUUUUCCGGCUCCUGGAAUUAUGGCUUUGAAGUUGUUGGAGUCUACACUUGGCCCAGUGGGAACACGUACGAGGGUUACUGGUCCCAGGGGAAGCGCCAUGGUCUUGGCGUCGAAACCAAGGGACACUGGAUCUACAAAGGAGAAUGGACGCACGGUUUCAAAGGUAGAUACGGCACGCGACUAAGCCAAGGGAGCGGCGCAAAGUAUGAAGGAACAUGGAAUAACGGUUUGCAAGAUGGAUAUGGAACAGAAACUUACGCAGAUGGAGGCACCUACCAGGGCCAGUUCACCAGCGGCAUGCGGCACGGGUAUGGCGUCCGUCAGAGCGUGCCGUACGGCAUGGCGGCAGUGGUGCGCUCCCCCCUGCGCACCUCCCUUACCUCCCUGCGCAGCGAGCACGGCAACGGCACCGUGCCACAGCAGGACGUCCCCGUCAUCACUGCCACCAACGCUGCCGGCCAGGAGACGCCUGUCAACACGCCACACGUGCACUUCGGCCCUUCCCGCGGCGGCUUCGCCCUCAGCCUGCACGCCGACCCUGCACUGGCCCAGCCCAAGAAGAAGGGGCUGUUCCGCCGCGGCUCACUGCUUGGCAAGCUUACCAAGUCGGAGUCACGCACCUCUCUCUCCAGCCAGAAGAGCAAGAUCAGCUUCCUGCGGAGCGAGUCAGCGCUCAGCUCCACCGCCAGUGACGCCAACUCUACCAUUAGCCUGGGCGAGGAGAGCGAGGCGGGCGACAACUUCCCACCCGUGGAGGCCGACAUUGACGCCACCACCACCGAGGUCUACAUGGGCGAGUGGAAGAAUGACAAACGCUCGGGCUAUGGCGUGAGCGAGCGCUCCAGUGGCCUCAAGUACGAGGGCGAGUGGUUGGACAACCAGCGGCACGGCUACGGCUGCACCACAUUCGCUGAGGGUGGCAAGGAGGAGGGCAAGUACAUGAACAACAUGCUGGUGAAAGCCAUGAAGAAGAGGGUGAUCCAGAUCAAGGGCUCCAAGAUCCGGCAGAAGGUUCAGCGCAGCGUGGAAGGGGCGCAGCGGGCGGCGGCCAUCGCCAAGCAGAAAGCCGAGAUCGCUGCCUCCAGAACAAGCCAUGCCAAAGCCAAGGCGGAGGCGGCUGAGCAGGCCUCCCAAGCCUCCAAUAACGAGUCCAGCAUCGCCAGGGUGGUGGCCAGGGAGCUGUCACCCUCAUUCUACCAACCAGGUCCUGAAUACCUGAAGAAGAGGGUCAUGCAGGAGAUUUCAGAGGGAAAUGAGAACGCAGAGAGCAUUAUACCAGAGCCUCUGUUAGCGGAGGAGCCCCCGCCCACGCCCCCUGAGAGCCCCCAGCUGCACGAGAAAGAGAGUCUGAGGCCCAGCUCCACUCCCGCCCGCACCCCGUCACCCAGCCCCGCAGCCACACCCCCGGAGUCCCGCCGUCCCAAGCAGAGCGUGGCCAAAGAGGACCCCAACCUGCUGAGCCCCGGCAGCUGGAACGGAGAGAAGGCGAGCCGGGGCAGUGGCAGCCGGGGCAGCAGCCGCGCAGGUAGCAGGCCGAGCAGUCGCCCCACCACACCCUCCUCCGCCGCGCCUGCCCCUCCCCCGCCUGCCGAGGAACGCCCCCCCUCUGGCAGCCGGGGCCACUCCCGCACCCCCAGCCGGCAGAGCAACAAGGCAGAGCCAGCCCCCGAUCUGGAGGCUAGGCUGCCACAGAAGACCCCCGAGCCGGAGCCCAAGGUAGCAGACGCCCGCCCGGGGUCCGCGGCACAGACCAGCCCUGAUGAGGAGGAGCAGCGCCCUGCCCCCAAAGUGCCUUCCAAGCCUGUCACACCCGAGCCCAGAGCGGAGCCCAAGCCCAGGCCCGAGACCCGCGAGUCGAUCCGCGAGAGGCCACCGUCGGCCACUGUGGAGAGCCGGCCGGAGUCCAAGGCCGAGUCAAAGGAGGAGCAAAAGCCAGUGGCUAAAGCAGAGGCCAAGGCACCACUGAAACGCGAGUCUACCCCGCAGUCGAAACAGGCCCCAAAGCUGGAAUCCAGGCCUGCAGCUACGCCCGAACCUAAGACAGUCACCAAGCCUCCAGCUACACCUGAACCUAAGUCUAUCACCAAGCCUCCACCUACGCCCGAGCCUAAGACUAUCACCAAGCCUUCAGCCACACCUGAACCUAAGACUGUCGCCAAGCCUUCUGCUACACCCGAACCUAAGACUAUCACCAAGCCUCCACCUACACCCGAACCCAAGCCUGCCACCAAACCAGCCAUAAAACCUGAGUCCAAAAUUGAGGCCAGGGUAAAGGCUAUAGUCAAGUCCCCCAGUGAAGUGAAGGAAUUCAGAACAUCUGAGCCCGAUGAGGGACCGAACACAAUCAUGAUCUGUAUGGUCAUUCUGCUGAACAUUGGCCUGGCUAUUCUCUUUGUCCACAUCUUGUCUUGAGCCAAUUUGAGCAACGACAUCAUGAGGCAGCCCCAUUUUCUAGCAGGAACGCAAGAUGUCACAAGAAGCAAGAACCAUCUACUGAUGUCAGCAGCCCCACCAAGGCUGUGACAGCGUGAUGAAGCUUUAAGGAUACCGAGACUCUUUGAAUAACUGGCUCAUCAAAAUACCUUGAGCUCGACAGAACAGAAUAAGAACAGCGAUACUGCAGAGAUGCAGAAAUUUGGUCUAUAUAAGUGAUAGGAGGAAUCAAAGGGGGGAAAAGGAAGAAGAUGCCAUUUUUAAGAUCUACUGUGAAAGCAGCCAGCACUUCCAUUCAAUAACACCGCUCUCAUCAGCAUUGUUCCUCUAAAUCGGGUGAAAACAGUCUUCCAUUCUCAAUAUUGCUGAAGCCCCCACAUGUAGUUCUUGAAUUUU